CUUAUUUUAUUUUGAAUUUUACUUAUUUGUCAACCAAAACUUACAUAACAACCCUUACAAAAUCUUAAAUGGGUUUGCAAAAAAUUGUUUGUAUCGUAGCGAUUGUUUUGUUGGCCCACGGAAGCGUGACAGAAGCACAGCGUACGUCUUUGAAGCUGCAACAAAAUGAAAAUGCAUCCGUGAAACAGCCCCUGAUUAGGCCCAAAGUUUUGAAUGAUUCGGAUUACCAAUUUUUGGUUACCGGUGGUUAUCGGCCUGAGUCUAACCAUCUGAUCAAGUACGUAGUGUCCUUGCGGGCGUACAAAGAGAAAAGCUUCUUUGGAGAUAACCACGCAUGCGGAGGUGCGAUAAUUUCGAAGCGUGCCGUCCUGACAGCAGCCCACUGUUUAUUUAAUGAUCUUAGAAAGCUUAAGGCGUCGGAGAUCGUAGUCGUAGCCGGAACGCCGAAAAGACUGGUAAAGACGGAUAGCACGCAGAGCAUGAAGGUGAAACGUAUUAGGGCACACCCCAGGUAUAAGCCGCUGAGGAGCCACAAGUACGAUGUAGGUAUUGUGAUAAUGGAAAAAGAUCUGUCUAUUGGGAACACUGUAGGUACCAUACCUAUCGCCAAAGAGAAGCCGGAGGCAGGACUAAAUUGCACCGUCGUUGGCUGGGGAACAAUUUUACAGUUUGGACCGCUUCCCGACGAGGCCCUGAAUGCGGACAUGCAAAUCCAUUCAGAAAGGUAUUGCAAGACUCUGGAAGGCUUUAAGGAUGGCAUGAUCUGUGCCUCUAAUCCAAAAAAUUACGAGGUGGAUAGCUGCCAAGGUGACUCUGGUGGUCCGCUAAUCUGCGACGAAAAGGUUUACGGCAUCGUUUCCUUUGGCCGUGGUUGCGGGGAGCCCCACAAUGCUGGCAUCUAUACUGACGUGUACCACUAUCGUGAUUGGAUCGACAAGAACUCUUGUCCCGUGGCUAUGUCGCUAUCCUUAGUUCAGCUACUAUUGAUAAUCCCCUUUCACCUGGUGUACAUAGCUUUAUUGGCUAUGUAAUUUUGUCAACCCAGUGACCUUCGACCUCAAAAGUUUUUUAUAUCCCUUAUCCAGUGUAUUAUGAUUUCGUAUUAUAUGAAAACAAGACAUUGCACCAAGA